UGUACCCAAGAUAGGGCUUCAUUCAGUCAAUCCUGGAUAUGGAAACUCUGGUCUAAAUACACACCUGGCUUCUUUUGGUCGGGCAUCCUUGAAUAUUUGAUGGUGUACCUAGACUGAGCCAGUUUGACUAAUCUUCAUGAUUAUAUUGGCUGUACUUGGUUACAUGAGCAUUACUAGUUAUAAGUUAGUUGGUGAGGUCAUACAUAUUCUUAUUUCAGGAGCUCUGCUUUCAUUCUAUCUGCAACCUGUUUACCUUUCUUCCAUUGCUGUUGGACAAUCGCCUCAUGGCUCUGAAAUGGUUCUUGUUGUUGAUCUCUUGAAACAAGCGCUGCAUGAUCGCGUUCUACCAUUGUCAAAUGAGCUAAUGAGUCCCUUUCAAGUGAACCAGGUGUGUGAAGUGUGUACUCUGUGAUAUUCCAUUAGAGAAGAAAGCAGCUGUUGCAGAUUUUCUUGUCCCUAAGACUUGAAUGCCCUGCCAAAAUCCCAGUCAAUCAGAUUUCGUAUCGAGAAAUCAAGGAAAUGGCGCAGGAAUUCAAUUUAACCUCAAAAAUUCUAAAAAGAAGACCUCCCUUUAGUAAUUGGCCUUUGAAACUCCCACAUUUUGAGGCAUUCUCUGCCAUGAUAUAGUGAGGCCAGUGGAUACUCAGAGUGAAUACUCUUGUCUGUGCAUAUUAUGAUCUUCAUUGUGAAAUUAAUAUGGUAAUCGAGUAAUACUUUGCACUAAUUAUUUAGAGCUUUUCAGUAUAUCAAUGUGGUUCGACAAGGACAGUUCCUCCAGCUUCAAGGAUAUAAUAUAAAGGGAAGGGUCUGUGUUGGUCUAACAAGGGAACGUGCAUUGCUUCACCUGUCGGCUGUCAAUGCUUUAAAAUGCACCUUUCAGCAUAUCAUCUCUUCAUGAAACAAGCUGGUUACGUACUACUUGCUCUGAACUUCAUGAGUCAUAAGAAGUCAAUCCGUUGACUUACUAUUAAGCAAAUAAUCCGUCCCACACGGCCAUUUUUGUGGCCAUGAGCCUAAUUUCAUCCUCGGUCCCCCCCCUAUCUAGACUGUACAGAAGUUUCACCCAUUAGCAAUAACUCACAAAGUGAUGUGGGUUCCACAUGCCGGCAAGUCUGAUUAUGAACCUCCCAAACUCAAAACUAGUGCAAAUUGUCCAAGCAGGUCAACCAGAGCAGCCUUACUUAGUGCCUAAUACUUCUACUUGAUUUAAAAAGACUAGGAAAUCUGGAGAAGAAAAUUUUGAUCACUUUCGUCAAUAUUGACUCAGUAUGCAGCAUAGAAAGCAUUACAGGACAGGACAGCAGGGCUACCUUAUCUCAAGGUCUCUUGGAAGAGAGCUUUGAAGCAUAAACAUGAAAAGUUGGAGGCCACUGAAGAAGAUAACUGCAGCAACUAUAAUCUUCUUGUUGUUGAUCUUCUUUGUUGCUGCGUUGGUACCUGCAGGCUGGAUCAAUGCUUUUAUAUUUUCAGACGCUUAUUCUAAGAAAUCAAUCACAACCACCACAAACACAACCACACCCAAGAGACCUGAAUUCCCACUGCAGUGUACCGAAGGAAUUAAUGUGACACAAGCUUGUCCAAGAACUUACCCUACCACACACGACCCAACAAAUCCUAGCUGUCCAUCCAAUCUCACAUGCCCAUCAUACUUCCGAUGGAUCCACGAAGAUCUACUGCCAUGGAAAGAGACGGGAAUCACGAGGGACAUGAUAGAGAAGGCCCGCAGGACUACGCAUUUUAGGCUCUUGAUCGUGGACGGCAAGGCUUACAUAGAGAAGUAUAGACAAUCCUUUCAAACUAGGGAUAUGUUUACGUUAUGGGGAAUUUUGCAGCUUCUAAGGGUGUACCCCGGUAGAUUGCCUGACUUGGAACUCAUGUUUAACUGUGGUGAUCGGCCCGUCAUCCCAUCAAAGGACUUUCAGGGUCCGAAUGCUGGCCCGCCACCAUUGUUUCGAUACUGCUCAGACGAGAGGAGCUUGGAUAUUGUGUUCCCAGAUUGGUCUUUUUGGGGCUGGGCUGAGAUAAAUAUAAAACCAUGGAGAAGUCUAUUGCAAAGCAUAAAAGAAGGCAAUAAAAGAACAAAGUGGGAAGACAGGGUGCCCUAUGCUUACUGGAAAGGUAACCCAAAUGUGGCACCAACCAGAAUGGACCUCCUCAAAUGCAAUGUCUCGGACAAAAAUGACUGGAACACACGCCUAUAUAUUCAGAAUUGGGAGCAAGAAUCUAAACAAGGGUACAAGGAUUCAAACCUAGAAAACCAGUGCAAGCACCGGUACAAAAUUUAUAUAGAAGGAUUGGCAUGGUCUGUAAGUGAAAAAUACAUCAUGGCAUGUGAUUCUAUGACCUUGUAUGUAAGGCCUCGCUAUCACGAUUUCUUCAUGAGAGGCAUGGAGCCAUUGCAGCACUUUUGGCCUAUUAGAUACAACAGCAAGUGCACUUCUCCCAAGUUUGCUGUGGAAUGGGGCAAUAAUCACAAAGACAAGGCGGAGACGAUUGGGGAGGCUGCGAGCAACUUCAUACAAGAAGAUCUAGAGAUGGACUAUGUGUAUGAUUACAUGUUUCAUGUGCUAAAUGAAUAUGCAAAGCUCUUGAAAUUCAAACCAACUAUACCUCCCAAUGCAGUGGAACUGUGCUCAGAAAAAAUGGCAUGCCCUGCAACUGUUACAUGGAAGAAGUUCAUGGUGGAGUCUAUGGUGGAGUCUCCAAGUGAUGAGCUCCCAUGCACUCUUCCUCCUCCGUAUGAUCCUCUGGCUCUCCGCAAUUUUCUUGAGAGAAAGGCUAACUCAACUAGGCAAGUGGAAGCUUGGGAAAAUGAGUAUUGGCAAAGUAUUGAUAAAAAGCAAUAGAAGCUUUUUCCAUGUAUUCCAUAGACCGUGACUUGUAAUUUAAUAUGUCCUAGACUGGAAUGAAGAGAUCUGAACACAAGCAUUCAAAGCUUGCUACAAAAUCAAUGGCUUCCCACUGUAAAUAUCAAUUCUGAUGAUUUGUUUGAA